UCUAAUUUGGGUUCGGGAAUCGGAGCCGGGCGGAGAGUUUAUCGGAUCUCGGGCCUCUUCCCGCCGAUGACCCGUUUGGACUCCGAUAAGAAUCCGAUCCGCAUCCGUUUUCUCCCCUGAGAUUUGGAUCCGACUCCGCAUUGCCACCGUCCGACGGUGAGCUCACCAUUGGAGGAAUUUGCAAGAAAAUGUGUGGGAUUUGAUCAAUAAAAUCAGUUGGAGGAUAAUUGAUCACUGGAAGGAUGGAGGGGAACGUGCACUCUGUUUCUCAGCCUUCCAAGCUCUCUGAAUCAAAUCAUACCAUUACUGAGACGAAUAGAUCAUCAAUGAGGGUGUACCAAGUCUGGAAAGGGAGCAAUAAGUUCUUCUGUGGAGGGAGGCUUAUUUUUGGUCCAGAUGUUAGAUCAAUGGCACUCACAGUAUGUCUAAUUUUAGUACCGAUAAUCCUGUUUGUGGUUUUUGUGACGCCAAAGCUGGCUACUGAAUUCUCACACAGAUUCGCAUCUCUGAUUAUGGGUAUAACUGUGACCUUUACAACAUAUGUUAUCUUUCUUCUGCUGUUCACAUCUGGAAGAGAUCCAGGCAUUGUUCCUCGUAGUGCACAUCCUCCAGAACCAGAUGAUGAUGCUGGAUCCUCUACUUAUUCUUCAGACUGGAUGGGAAGUCAGCAUAAUUCAUCAAGCUUGCCACCAACAAAGGACGUCCUUGUAAACGGCAUUAUAGUGAAGGUCAAGUAUUGCCAUACAUGCAUGCUCUAUCGGCCCCCACGGUGCUCACAUUGUUCAAUCUGCAAUAACUGUGUUGACCGUUUUGAUCAUCACUGUCCUUGGGUUGGGCAGUGCAUUGGAAAGAGAAAUUAUCGUUUCUUCUUUAUGUUUGUGUCAUCCACGACUGUGCUAUGUCUGUUUGUCUUCAGUUUUUGCUGGGUUAACCUCAAGAAAACAAUGAAUGCAUACGAGUGUAACCUGUGGAAAGCUGUCAUGAGAUCUCCUGUUUCUGGCAUUCUUAUCAUCUACACAUUCAUAGCAGCUUGGUUUGUCGGAGGAUUGACCACUUUCCACAUGUACUUGAUUUGUACCAACCAGACUACAUAUGAAAACUUCCGAUAUCGCUACGAUAAGAAGGCCAACCCUUACAAUCAUGGAUGCGCGAGAAAUAUAGUGGAAAUCUUCUUCUCAAGUAUUCCAAAGUCCAAGAAUAAUUUCCGUGCUAUCGUCAAACAGAAUUCAACCGUCUUCUCUUCGCUCUCUCUUGGACAAGUCUCAACCCCAGCUAAAACAAGUGUUGAUUUGGAGACAGGCAGGAAACGGCAGGGUGUAGUUGAGGAGGAAUUGGAAGACAUACUGAGUGAGAUUGGCAGCGUCCGAAAUUUGGAGAGGUGUGGCACACAGCCAAUGCACUCAAGCUUUGGGGAUCGGAAGGUGAAUUGGGAACUGAAUUAUGAUAUGCAGACAGUGUCUACUGAAUUUGGAAUGGAUUACGGGUAUCCUAACAGAGAAAAGGUUCAGGAAUAUCACUGACACAACCGUAACAAGUGUAGGAGUUCAACCUCACAAUCACUGAGACCGCGAGAAACCGUGCACCUCCAAAGUUUUCUAAUGCCACAUUGUAUCCUGCUGUUUAUGCAGAUAAAAAAUCACAAUUGUUCCAAAAGCAAGACAGAGAUUGUUUGUUUGGUGUCUGUAAAAUCAUUUCUGUUUGCCUGAGUUUGUUGUAUUGUAUGGCUUAUUUGAUGCAUCGGAACAGCUGAGUGUUCUUUAAUCAGUAUUCUGGUUGGUUGUCUUGCCCUGUAGAUGAAUGAGAACUGGGAAUUAAGAAUGCAGUUCCAAGUUUUGGGAUAGAAUGAGUUCAUUCAUUUAA